CAUGGCAUUUGUAUAUUAAGCUUAACGAGAUCUAAACUAAUUAUUGACAUCUGUCCCAUCUAAUGUACUCUCAUUAUUCUAUUUAUAAUAGGUGGGUCCAGGUUCCUAUGGGCAAAAAAAGAAAAAACCAAUUAAGUAAUCUAUUGCUCCCUUCAAUUCAUUAUCCAGCCGACUUAAUCCAUUAAAAAACUCCUCCUUUCCAGGGCCUGGCAGUUAUUGUGUAAACUUUGCUAGUGCAGGGUACAUAAUCAAGUAAAUAUUAGAUAGAAAGUGCUCCUUCAAUCUAAUCCAUCAGAACUUAAGAUUCUUGAAAUCCAUAAAUAACAAUCCGUUUUUGCAUCCAAAUGUAAACGCUUUCAAGGAGUUAAUACAAGUGAUAAUCCUGGGUAGAGUAGUAUUGUGAUAUCUUAGUCCUGGAUCUUACUAACCAGAAUCAAUUUAACGUUAACAUUAUCACAAAGGAUCAGCCGAGAAUUUUAUCGAGUCUUUGUUGAAGUUGAAUAGAAACAAGUCAAUUCCAUCCAUCCCAACUAAUGAAUAAGUGUAUGGUUAUGUAGAUGGUGGAAGUUUAUCUAAAUUAAUCUAUUUUAGCUCUGUAAUUAAAUAAGAGUCCUUAAGUGGUUAUUUCAGGAUCAAAGAAUGAUUCAGUAGGUCCAGGCCAUUAUGAAUUAAAGAACUCCUUUGAUCUAAGUAAAGGGAAGGGAGUAAAUUGGCACUCUUCAAAACUACCCAAACUAGCACCUGUUGUCUCUAAAGACUAAAAAAUGAUAGUUGGACCUGGAACAUAUGAUAUUUAAAAUGAGAGCUAGCCUCUCUAUAAAUUGAUGCCUUCAGGAUCUUUUCAAUCUAAUACUCAGAGAUUCAAUAAUUAAGAGAAAGGAUAAAGAACUAAAGAAAUCCUUAAACUUCAAUUUGAAAUGAAGAAAUCUCAGUUACUCUAAGAUGGAUAAUUUCAAGAUUUGAAAGAAGAACAAUUCGAGGAAACUGAAGUAUAAUUUGUCAAAACAUUAGAAUGAUUUGCCUGGUCCUGGAUAUUAUGCAAAAGAUUAGAGUGCAGUAACUCAUACUAAAUCUACAUCCAAAUUAGGAACACAAUGCUUUGGAUCCAAAUUGAAAAGAUUCGAAAGUGAUUCACAUUUGAUCUAAGUUGGACCAGGAGACUAUUCAAUCGAAACAUCACUAUCCAAAAGCAGUCUUGCUCAAAAGUACCCACCCUUCUUAUCAUCCAAUACUCGUUUCGAAUAAAAGCAUUUAAACGGAAAGGUUGGCCCUUAAUCUUACAAUAUCAAUUAGAGUGUAAGCAAAUAAAAUAGUUAGUUUAGCUGGAACAUGACAUGAUCAAAAAACUCGAUAGAUCUCCUGUUGGCAAAUUUGGAUAUAAUUCACCUCGAUUUCAAGAUGAUUAAAAUAAAGAAUAGCAGCUUGGUCCAGGAUAUUAUGAAUAUUCAACUUAAUCUCCUUAAAAAUAAGGGGCUCAAACUGUGUUUAAAUCUUAAACCAAAAGAAUAGAUCCAAGUGUACAAAGCAAAUUAGAGUUGCCAGCACCUGAUCAAUACAAUCCAAAAAAUCAUACGAUUGAGUUUAUUAUAAAAAAGGAUGAAGAGGAUGAUCCAGAGUUUGAGAUCUAGAGACCUCCAUUUUAAUCCUCAGCUCCUCGAUUCUAAAAUAAAGGGGAUUUCAAAAUUGAUGAAUUAGAUGAAGAACUGUAUAUGAAGAAAUAGAAUCAAAAAAAGGAAGACCAUAAAGUUCCUUAUAAAUAAAAAUAAUCACCUCCCCCUUUUAAUGUGCAGGUAUUCUUUAGUAUUAACACUUAGGAAAAAAGGUUUCAAUAUCGUAAAGUAGCUGUCUAAUCCCCUGGCCCAGGAGAAUACAACCAAUCUAUAAAUAAAUCAUGGGAGAAACCAUCUUUUAAUGUUCAAUUCUCUUCAAUUUGA